AUGCGCACGGCCCGGCGCGCCAGCACCAUGGAGGUGCCCUCUUUCCUGAGACAGCUGGCCCGAGAGACGGAGAAGAUGGUCACCUUCUUUUUUAAGGGGGGGCAGAGAGAAAAGACGGCGUCCGAGGACGACGACUUCUACGACGAAGAUUCCAUCCCCAGCCCUUACCUGGAGCGGCCCAACCUGGACAAGGACACGGCCGAGGGGGGGUCCAAGUGGGGCGUUAACUACGGCAUGGCCAGUAUGCAGGGCUGGAGAAGCCAAAUGGAGGAUGCCCACACCUGCAUGUCAGAGAUAAGCGAAGCGCUCCCCGACUGGAGCUACUUCGCAGUGUUUGACGGGCACGCGGGUACCACUGUGGCACAGUACUGCUCCAGACAUCUGCUGGAUCACAUUCUAGCCACAGGGGGCGUCACAGCAGAGGAAGACGCUGAACAGGUGAAGGAGGGCGUUCGAGAGGGCUUUUUGGGCAUCGACCGCCACAUGCACGUCCUGGCCCGCAGCGAAUGCUGGGACCGCAGUGGUUCGACCGCGACAGCGGUCAUGGUCUCGCCCCAACACAUCUAUUUCAUCAACUGCGGCGACUCGCGCACCUUCCUGUGCCGCAACGGUCAGGUGGUCUUUCACACCGAGGAUCACAAGCCGUGCAACCCUCGAGAGAGAGAGCGCAUACAGAACGCGGGCGGCUCCGUCACGUUGCAACGUGUUAACGGCUCUUUGGCCGUCUCCCGCGCCCUCGGCGAUUUCGACUUUAAGGAGGUGGAAUGGCGGACGCAGACGGAGCAGCUCGUGUCGCCCGAACCCGAGAUCUACGAGCUGGAGCGUUCCCCCGACGACGAGUUUUUGGUCGUGGCCUGCGACGGGGUCUGGGACGCCGUCGGAAACGAAGAGUUGUGCGCUUUCAUACGCAACAGGCUCCAGGUGUGCGACGACCUGAGAGAUAUCUGCUCCCAGGUCAUUGACCUCUGCCUUUAUAAGGGAAGCCUGGACAACAUGAGCAUCAUCAUUGUUUGCUUUAGCGGCGCCCCCCAGAUUUCACAGGAGGCAUUGCAACGGGAGGCAGAGCUAGAGCAACUCAUUGACCAGAAAGUCGAAGAGAUUAUUCAGUUAAUCAGAUCUAAAGAUGAGGAACCUGACCUGCUGUAUGUGAUGAAGUUCCUGACCAGUGAGACAAUCCCCGGUCUGCCACCAGGGGGCGGUAUCACGUGCAAGAGAGAUUGUAUUAUUUCUGCCUACCAGAAGUAUGCAGCUCCUUUUAGGACCCAGGAACCAAUGGACAUUGGCGGCUCAGAAGAUUCAAACUAG